GGAUAAGAGAUCACUUUUUUUCUCUCGUUUUUCUUCAUCCGAACUAGAAUUCUCUAGCGAUUUGGUUUACGUUUUUCUGUACCUAGAUUCGUAAUUGUCCUUUGAGAUUAUCGAAGGGGUAUCUAGAACUCCGUUAUAAACUCUACCCAUAUUUCUAAGAUUCUCCCUUAACGUCCUUUCACUUCACCACUUACAAACUACAUGUGGGCACUCCCUUUAUAAGAACAUGAACGUUUAGCUUCCUCAAGAGCGCUCGAUGGCGGCAAUCAGAACCAUCGCCACAAGUUUCUUCCAGUCUUCAUCGUUAUCAACCUUCAUUCGUACCUGUAGCACACAUGGUCCGCGCAUCCGUCCUCCCAUCUGCUUUAUUACCCGUCCAAUCAGCUACGCUCCAAUCCGAUGUGCGGCAGCGUCAGAUUCCGGCGGCGGUGGCCAUAAGAAGGCUUCGGCACGGAUGUCUCAGGUUCAUCAACUCUUGCACGAAGCUGAGGAGAGAGCUGCCGGCCACAAUGAACCUAUCCCAACGAUUACUUUAGAUCAUGUCAGUGUAAGCUUUGCUAGGAGUGGUGGGCCUGGAGGUCAAAAUGUUAACAAAGUGAACACCAAGGUUGAUAUGAGGUUUAACAUUAAAGAUGCAUAUUGGUUAAGUGAGAGAGUGAGAGAUAAGAUCUUGCAGAUGGAAAAGAAUCGAAUCAACAAAGAUGGGGAGCUUGUGAUUUCUUCAACAAAAACCAGAACACAAAAGGGUAAUAUCCAGGAUGCAUUGGAGAAACUUCAGGAAAUCAUUAAUGCUGCAUCUUACGUCCCACCACCCCCAUCACAAGAACAAGUAAAGAAAAUCAACAAAAUAGCUGCUAUAUCAGAGGCAAAAAGGUUGCAGAGUAAGAAGGUCCUUUCACAAAAGAAAGCAUUUAGAAGAAGCAAAGACAGUUAUGACUAAAAAUUAUUAUGAUGCUUCAACUGAAAAUACAACUCUUCAUGCAUCGUGAAUAUGUUUCUAUAGAUGUACACUACAGUGAAUCUGAAAGAGGGGAAUUGUUACACAUGUAUAUGUAGUAAAGCCUAAAGCUGGUAUUCGAGUUCUGUAUACAAGCAAUAAAGCGUUAUGCAUGUAUGCAUAUAAUAAAGCUUAAAGUAGGUCUACAAGCAAUAAUGCAAGCAGAUAUAAAAGCAAGAAAGAGUUCAACAUGUAUACAUGAAAUAAAGCAUAAAACAUGUAUACAGAAAAACGUUAAGUAGGUAUACAUACAAAAUACAAAAGAACAUAAAACAUAUAUACAUACCAUUUAUAAAUAUGAUAAAGCAUACAACAUUUCUAGUGACCGGAUUUGUAUUAAAACCAAAAUUACGUCUCUUAUUUUGAAAGAAGCAUCAUGUAUUCCAUAUUUAGGUUAGGGAGAUCUCGGGUUGCCGGGUUGGAUACCCACCAUUGUUAAUAUUGAUGACCCUAAAUUGGACAGCAUUGUAAAUUGUAAUGAGAAUCAAGAGAGAACGAUGGGUAUGGUGAAAAUAGGCCAAUUCCACUUUCUCAAUGAUUAAUAUUGAUGACCCUAAAUUGGACAGCGUUGAAAUGAUUUAAUUGUUUUGAUAAACAAAAGUGGUGAAAAUAAAGGUUUUUAAUGAAUAUAAUGUCAAAUAAGAAGAAAAGGAGCUUAAUUGUGUCAGUUUUGUAUGAAGAAUGACUUAACUUUCUUGGGAUUUAAAUUUUAAGAAACUCAUGUAUUCUUUGUAUAUUUUCAAACUCAAGUUUUUACAGGAGCCAGGCCCAACCUAGUGUCAAAGUGAAAGAGGGUGGAUCAUCCAUGCUUUGCCUGAUUUGUACCGAUGAGAGGAAGAGCUUCAUCACGUUAAAAAUUAACCAUGAAUUUGAAAAGUGCAACUUUAUUUAUUAUUAUUUUUUUUUGGGAAAUAGACUUGUUAAGUUAAUUAAGUUUUCAGUUUGUUCACACCCAUAACUAUUUUUUUUUUUACAUAUCUAAGUAAUGAACUUUUUAAAAAUGUUCAAAUAUGUACAAAAAAAAGUUACCCAGAAGUAAGAGUAAAUUACACAAAUGGUCUUCGUGGUUAUGGUAAUUUGUACAUUUAGUCCCUAACUUACCUUGUAACUCGGAUGAUCCCUACUAUUUAUUUUUAUUGUGCG